CCGUCGUGCAGCGGGGGAAAAAUAGAGCUGAGCAGCAUCCUCACAUUGACAGAGCCAGCGAUGGAAAGAUAGUGAAGUUUGUACAGUACAAGCUAGUCACAAAGUAAGCUCCAACAAGUGCACGCUUUGAAUGUAUAGAGAACGUUUUCGGUUUUGUUUUCUACAAGCAGUCUUACGGUAGUUAAGUAUUGCUCUGGCUUUAGCGUGAACCUUUUAAUUCUUGCUCCGGGCGAAUGUUUGAUGAACCUGGCGUCUUGCUCUAACCGUUGCGGUGAAUGAAACAAAGAGGAUGGAUGCAUCAUGUGAGGACGCCAAACUCGUAACGGUUCUGUGAUUUCCCCGUUUUUUUUGUAAAGGAGAACCUGACUGAAAUGUGGUCAAGUCGGCUUUUCUCACCAGCGGGAGUCCUAUGGAGCAAAGUGCUGGAUUCCCUCAACAAAAACUCCAGCAGCAGCAGCCGAUGUGUGGAUGGCGAUGACAGUGUGCACGUAAAAUAAGCCUUACUUUAUUCUGUCAUAAGAUGAGCCAAGGGCCAAAUCUUGUCCUGGAGUGGCUAUCCAAGCUCCAUCUGGCCCAGUAUGUGGAGUCAUUCAUCGACAACGGGUAUGACGAUUUGGAAAUUUGUAAACAGAUUGGAGAACCAGACCUCGAUGCCAUAGGCAUCCAUACUCAGUACCACAGACACAGGCUGCUCACAGCUGUGCAGAGACUGAAAGAGGAGGAUAAAAGGAAAGUGCCUGGUUACUAUUUCACCUUAGAGCCUCUGGUUGCUUCUGCUUGCCAACAGACUACAAACCGAGAGUAUGUUGGGACACUGAGGUCACACACAUGGACCACAGGGAUGCACCAGGCCUCCUCUCCUGGAAACCACAACCUGAGAUGCACAGAUUGUAAUGAUUUUGUGACCUAUCCCAAACUGAAGCUCAAGGUACUGAUAAGGGAUAAACUUGCAAAAGAUGGAAUUAACCUGGGAGAAGCACCUUACACCCAUAAGGAUGGCUCAGUGGGGAACCUUGAUGACCUGGCUCAAGAGUACUCUCAGUAUUACGGCACCUCUCUCAGUGAAGUCUGUGAAAGGAUGGAGGAGCUACGAAAACGCAAAGUAGUGCAAGACACAGAGAUGGGAAAGGUUGACUCAGUGGCCACAUCAGUUCAGCUCCGCUCUCAGCUCCAGGAAUCCCUUGGACUCAGCAGCACCACAUCGACUCCAGAAACAGAAAGAAGUCUGGAGGACAGACAUGUUGAGGGAGAUGGUGGGAUAUCAGGGAAAAUGAAGAAAAUAACUUUGGAAAACAGGUUCCCUGUGCACAAAUCGAGCUCUGAUGAUGGAUCAGGUGGAAAAUGGGAUGGAAAGAGGAAGAGCAAGUAUUUUUGGCAGAAUUUUCGAAAAUCACAGAAAGGAUCGAUGCAUCAAAUUUCAAAAGGUGAUGAUGUUGGUUUUGUGGCUAGUGAAAUAACCAUGAGUGAUGAAGAGCGUAUCCAGCUGAUGAUGAUGGUGAAGGAGAAUAUGAUCUCCAUAGAGGAAGCCUUGGCACGGCUGAAGGAGUUUGAGAUACAAAACAGACAGAAAUGCACAUCCAAUCCUACAGAGUGGACCAGUCCCUCCAAUCCCACCACAAAUGAGUCAUUCAGCUGCAACCCUUGUGACCUGUCCGACAAUGAACAAGAGGAAUCUGUGACGUUCAGGAGACUCCAUAAACUGGUCAGCUCAACUCGAAACAUGACGAAGAAGCUGAUCAGAAUUGAUGAGACUAAAAGGCCUGGAGCAGAGGAGAGCCUAAACGUAGAUGGGCUUCCCUGUGGAGAUGCCAGUACCUGCCUGUACUCAGGUGUCCUGAGGGAGCCUGCAGCCUGUUCUGUGAGCUCCCAGGCUUCGGCUCUGCAGGAGCAGCUCACCUACGACAGGGACUGUGACAGCUUGACCACCUCCCCCUCCUUCAGCAGUGAUGACACCUGCAGUAGGCAGAAAAUCUUCCAGGCCUUUAACAAGUCUAGUGGGAGCCCAGUUCAUCAGGAGACGACUAUAACAGGGGAGGUGAGGGAGGCUGCUGAAGGCACUGGGUCUAAAAUAGAGGUUUGCAGUCAUGAAGACCCCAAAAUCGCCCACUCACUGACUGAUGGAGAGCUCCGACAUCGUAUGCUGAGCUCACUAACCCACCAUGGGAGAGCAUGUAGCUUUGGAGGAUUUGACCUGACGAACCGCUCAGUGCACGCCAUCACCUCUGGCAGUGAUAACACUAACAAAGGUGGCGAUGGUGCUGUGAGAGACACUGCUUCACCAUCACGUAUUUCCUUGGGCAAAAAAGUCAAGUCUGUGACGGAAACGAUGAGAAAACACAUAUCCAAGAGAUACCAGUGUUCUGCAUCUGAACAGUUUCAGUCAAACCCAGACUGGAUGUCCAGCUGCCCUCACACACCUCAGACAGACGCUGAGUCUUUGGAGAAACCCAAACUGAAGCUAGGAGGGUCUGUGGAAAGCCUGAGGAGCUCCCUCAGUGGACAAAGCUCCAUGAGCGGUCAGACAGUGGGCACCACUGACUCCUCCAACAGCAACAGAGAAAGUGUAAAGUCUGAGGACGGGGAAGAGGAUGAGCUGCCUUACCACGGGCCCUUCUGUGGACGUGCUCUCGUUCAUACCGACUUCACCCCCAGUCCCUAUGACACAGACUCUCUCAGACUGAAGAGUGGAGACGUCAUCGAUAUCAUUAGUAAACCCCCAAUGGGUACAUGGAUGGGGAUGCUCAACGGUAAAGUCGGCACCUUCAAGUUCAUUUAUGUGGAUGUCCUGAAUGAAGAGGAGGUGAAGCCCAAAAAGACACGGAGGAGGAGGAAGGCCCGGCAGCCCAAACCCACCUCUGUGGAGGAGCUCCUUGAUCGCAUCAACCUCAAAGAGCAUCUUCCCACGUUCCUCUUUAACGGCUAUGAGGAUCUGGACACGUUCAAGUUGCUGGAGGAGGAGGACCUAGAUGAGCUGAACAUCAGAGACCUCCAGCACAGAGCUGUGCUGCUCACCGCUGUGGAGCUGCUACAGGAGUAUGACGGAAGCAGCGACCCAGAGAGAAGCAGUCAGUCUGGCUCGCAGGAGAAGCUGCUCCUGGACAGGUGUAGCCUCUUAGACGACUCCCCGCGGGACUCAGGCUGCUACGAGGGCAAUGAGAACCUGGAGAACGAUAUUGUUGCUACCUGGAAACUCGACAGCAAGCAGGAUCCCAGCAGCGCCAUCACUGGUGGUGUUCGGGCUGAACUUGUCGGCCAGCAGAGUAACAGAGCACAUGGGAAGCGCCUCAGCGAUGCAGACAGCAGUGGAGAAGCCGACCACUCCAGCUCCCACCACCACAACUCUGGCCUUUUUCAUCCUGGACAGGCCAAACUAGAGGAACACGAUUGUUUGGAGAGGAAAAUGUCUCAGAAGGUACCUGCCAGGACUUCAUCUUUCGUGUCCCUUCAUUCAGAUUCACAUAAGCAGAGCAUUCUUAGCGAAUUUGACAAGCUCAGGAAAAUGGACCUGCUGUGUGAUGUCACUUUUGUUGUGGAAGACGUGCACUUCAAGGCACACAAAGCCCUGCUGGCAGCAAGCAGCAAGUAUUUCUCCCUCAUGUUCACGUCAGAAGAUCACAUUAGCAAGUCUACCUACAGACUGGAAGGAAUGGCAGCGGACAUGUUUUCUGCCAUGCUGGACUUCAUCUACAGCGCCCAGGUGUCUGUGGAGAUGAGCGCCACAGAGCCUCUCCUGGCCACAGCUCAUCUUAUGGAGGUUGCUGAGCUUGUCAGAGUGCUCACUGAACUCUCAGGCUCUGCUGCAGGGGUUACAGGUGAUGAGGUAAAGGCAGAUAAAGCCGAGGUGCCACAUGCAUUGAAACGCAAAAGAGGGCGGCCGAAGAAAAAGAUGGACGUGUGUGUAAUAGAGCCGGGGGUAGAGAACUCAGAUGUGGUAACAGAUGUGGACAGUGAUCGUGCAGAAACAGAGUCACAGUCCAAAGAUGAUGCAGACUACUUCCUAGGAGCGCACCGGAGCCGCCAGAGCAAGCGCCAAAUCAGGCCUCCAAUGAAAUACAAGAGUUAUAAGGUGGAGAGUGACACAGCAGGAGGCAAAGAACCUGGAAAGAGAGGCAGGAGGAGGACAUAUCCCAACACGGAGGCCUGGUGUGAGGACUGCGGCAAAGUGUUUAAAAACCACCUCUUUCUAACAAUUCACCAAAGGACUCAUACAGGAGAGAAGCCUUUCCGGUGCUCGGACUGUGGGAAGUGUUUUACCCAGAAGCACACUCUUCUGGUUCACCAGCGCAUUCACACUGGAGAGAAGCCGUUUGUUUGUCCUGUCUGCUCCAAAGCUCUCUGCACCAAACACUCGCUGCAAGAGCACAUGAACCUGCAUGAAGAGGAGAAAUCCUUUGACUGUGAUAAAUGUGGAAAGAUGUUCACUCAGAAAAGGCAGCUGAGAAGCCAUUACAGAGUUCAUACAGGUAAACUGUUACCAGAAUGUGCUCAGUGUCAUCACACGUUUUUGGACACGGCUCAGCUGAAAAAGCACCUGAGAACUCACACAGGUGAGAAGCCUUUCACAUGUGAGAUUUGUGGAAAGUGUUUCACAGCUAAGAGCACGCUGCAGACUCACAUCAGAAUCCACAGAGGUGAGAAGCCAUUUCACUGCAGCAUCUGCAGCAAGUCUUUUUCAGACCCUAGUGCAAGAAGACGACACGUCGCCUCCCACUCUGGGAAGAAACCCUUCAUUUGCUCUUUCUGCAGCCUUUCCUUCACCCGUCUGGACAAUCUGAAAACACACACCAAAUCGCACGACAAGGAGAGAGCUGCCUCGCCUGAGGCAGUAGAAGCAGAGGCCCCAGCAUCACCGGAGGAGGUGCGUAACAUCCUGCAGCUGCAGCAGUACCAGCUGGCCUCAGGCUCGGAGCAGGAGAUCCAGCUGGUGGUGACAGGAGAUGUGAACAACAUUAAUUUCGUGCCGGGUCAAGAGCAGGGCAUUGGCAUAAUCACCGCAGAGGGGCACACGUCAGAAUCAGCCCACUCCAGACUCGCACUGCUCGCUCAGGCUGACGUGGUGGACCAGACCCCUCCGAUUCAGAUCAGCAUGCUGGAGGGACAGAUUUCACACCAGCCUGAGCAGAUGCACGUCAUCACUCUGAGUAAACAGGCGAUCGAUCACCUACAGGCCCAACACGGUCCUUCACAGCCCUGUCAGAUGAUGGCUGCCGCUCAGGAGACACUGGAAGCUCAGGUGGGCAGGGAGCAACACAGCCAGGGCAUCCACAUCAGCAGCCAGAGCGGCCAGCCCAUCUCUAUCAGCCAGCCCAGUGAGCAGAUCUCCAGCCACCACAUCCAGGGACAGACGUUUCAGAUCCAGGCAGGAACCGUCUCCUACCUGUACACCACCGGGCUGUCCCCAGAGAGCUGAGUGGGACACAAACCUGAUGCCGAGAACCCAGCUACAGUUCCCCCCACACUUGGCUCGACAGUACAACCGCCGUCAGGUGAUCACCCCACUGCACUGAGAUGGAGGUACAGUGAAGAUCCUGUGGUGGGUACCAUACCUGCUGAGGGACUGCUCCAUCUGCUGACUGACUGCGUGUAAUGACUCCUGAUUUGACCUGCGACAGAACAAGUGCAGGGACGACUGGGAGUGAACUGUCGGUCUGGAAAAUUGUCCCAUAUCCAAAGAGACGCUCUCUCUUUGUUCCAGCUGAUGUGUGGAAGGCCUGUACCUGUUGUAGAAGUGCAUGUGGAGAGAGCUGCUUCCAUGUUGUUCACCUGGUUCUUCAGCUUAUCCACUUGCUGAAAGGCCUCUUGUUUGAGGCAGUGCUCCUGAUGCAGCCGGCCCCUCACCUGGAUACAGUGAAAGGAAAACAAAGUCAGAAGUAUCUUGUUAUUAUUUGACCUUCAGGUUUAGUUUUUUUCCAUGAGCAGCAUGUCUCUGUGGAUGGAAGCAUGGGCUGGUCGAGACUGAAUUCCAAUGACCUUAAUAUCCCCUGACUCUUCCUCUAGGACCAACAUCAGGUCCAAAUUUCUGUUUGAUUUAUGACCAAUUAAACAUGAUUAUGACCUGUUAA